AUGGAAAAGCAGUUUGAGCAGAGGAUCGCGAUUCUGGCCGAUCUUUUGAAGCAGCCCGAAAAUAAGGAGUGCGCUGAUUGCGGCGCCAAGGGCCCCAAAUGGGCUUCCUGGUCCAUUGGCGUCUUCCUUUGCAUCAACUGCGCCGGCAUCCACCGAAGCCUCGGCACUCACAUCAGCAAGGUCAAGAGCGCCACCCUCGACAAGUGGACAGAUGAACAGAUCGACAAUAUGCGCAACAUGGGCAACGCCAGGGCCAAGCUCAUCUACGAGGCCGCCCUCCCGGCCGGCUACCCGCGACCUCGCGAGGGCGCUCCCUCUCAGUACUACUCGCCAUCCAUCCGCAGGGAUGAACCAUCAUUCGUUGACUCUCUCACGUGGACUCUGCGCAGCACGCUGGAGAGCUGGAUCAGGGCCAAGUACGACAAGAAGCAGUUCAUGGAGCGCGGCCGGACCGCCCACAAGGAGAAGCGCGAGGAGCCCUCCGCCUACCACCACCAGCAGCACAGGCAGCAGUCGACCGCCGGCGGCCACAGCCGCAGCAAGCCCGCCCCGCCCUCGCCCCGACAGUCGUCGUCCAGACAUCAGCACCAGCAGCAGCAGCAGCCCCAGCAGCCGGCCAAGCCGCUCAUCAGCAUGGUCGACCCUACGCCCGUGCACCCCGUUCAGCAGCAGCAGCAGCAGCAGGGCGUCGACCUGUUCGGCCUCCUCGGCGGCGGCGGCCAGCCACAGCAGCAGCAGCAACAGCAGCAGCAGCAGCAGGCGGUGAGCGGCGGUGGUCAUGAUACGUCGUUCUUUGCGAGCCUCGAUGGCGGCCAUCAGCAGCAGCAGCAGCAGAAGACGCUCGACAAGAACUCGAUUAUGUCGCUCUACCACCAGCCGAUCGCGCCCACGAUGCAGAUGGGCAUGAUGCAGGCCGCCGCCGCCGGCCAGCAGCAGCGCGCGCCCAACUACAACGUCCACCUCGUGCCCGCCACCAACAUGUACAUCGCACCCAACGGCAUGCCGAUGAUGGUGGGUCCGACUGGUCAGCUGGUGCCGGCGGCGAUGGCGGGCGGGUACCCGGGCGUGCAGGGCUGGCCGAUGCAGGGGCAGCAGGCCGUCGGCCAUCAGCAGCAGCAGCCAGUGCAGAUGGGCAUGGCCGCCCCCUACGGCUACCCGCAGGGCUACUGA